GUUAAAUAAAACAAUACGUCAUAGAUAAAGUCAAUUUAAGGCUGUUUCUGAAAUCAUUUUCAUUUAUCAGUUUUUAGUGUGUCCUUUCUAUUUCACCUCAAAGAUGAGAUGUAGAGUUUGUCUGCUGAAGGUUUGGGCACCCUCUGCCUUGUUUGAGUUAGUUGAUCAUUAACUUCAGUGUUUUACAAAAAGUGUCCAGGAAAAGGGUGAAGGAAAGAUAACAACAUACACACAAACUCACACAGCAGCUGUUUACUGCUCAGCCAUUGGACACGUUCUCUUUUUACUUUGCAAACCAGGAAUGGUUGAUCAGAUUUUACCUCAAAUAAUUUAGAGCUCAGAACCAACAAUCCUCUACCAGUCAACAAGACUAAUGUGAUUUCAUGACAAACGCAUUAACAAAGAAGUAGUGUGGUUUAGUUAGCAAUACCAUUUUGCAGGCAGACUUCUUUCCCACAAUAAUAAGUUAAUAAUUCAACGACUUUGGACCGUAAAGAAUGCAGUUGAAACCUUUCAGCAAAGCUCAGCAGUGUAUCAAACCAAAGUUCAUGUCAGUGGGUUGGAGUGUCAGGGGCUUGUAACAUAAGCAGAUUUCUCACUUACGACAUUUUAAAGCAGAUCUGUUGCUGCAGAUUAGACUUGAUGGGAUUUGGUCGAGUGUAAGGAGACUUUGUUGUUCCUGGCCAAGAAACUAUAUCAGAAACAGGGAACUUUAUACAAACCUGAAUGAGAGUGUUGGCAGUGUUCGAGCUGUGAACAUUACUUCUUGCCGUGUAGUAACAGGAUCAGGCCGUGCAAAAACUUGAAGCUCUUCAUUGUGGAAUGUGCUGUUGUCAUUUCUGUUGCCUCUGGCUACAUUAGGCCAGUAGAAGACACACUAAAGAUUACAGCAAAAUGCAUGGUUCCUUUCUAGUCUAGGACGUCUGUAAUCUUAGGAAAUUGCAUACAAUAUUGGGGGGGGGGCAAUUGUUUGCUUCAGGUGUCAUGCCUGGUGUAUUCACUGUGAAACUAAACCUUUAACAAAAGAGGGCAAACAAAUCCAGCUUUGCUCUCCCACCCUGAGAAGGUGCAUGAAAUGGAUCCAUUUCAUUCAGGAUGAUAAUCGCCCUGGUGAUGGUUUCGAUUGGUGUGUACGCCCGCAUGAUGAAACAUGCAGAGGCGGCUCUGGCAUGUCUCUCCGUGGACCCCGCCAUGAUGCUGAUGGUGAUCGGGGUCCUCAUGUUUUUCCUCACCUUCUGUGGCUGUGUGGGCUCCCUGCGAGAAAACAUCUGCCUCCUUCAAACAUUCUGUAUCUGUCUGACUGUGCUCUUCAUGCUCCAGCUGACUGCUGGGGUCCUGGGCUUCAUCUUCUCUGAUAAGGCUCGGGAUAGAGUGACUGUGAUUAUCAAUAAGGCCAUCGUCCACUACAGAGAUGACCUUGAUUUACAAAACCUCAUUGACUUUGGCCAGAAAGAGUUUGACUGCUGUGGAGCUGUGACAUACACUGACUGGUCUCAGAACAUGUACUUCAACUGCAAGGCAGAUAACCCGAGCAGAGAGCGCUGCUCCGUCCCCUUCUCCUGCUGUAUCAUAUCCAAAGACAAGGUGGUUGUAAACACCAUGUGUGGACAGGGCGUGCAGGAUUUGGAGUACAUUCAAGCUGGAGAUCACAUCCACACCAACGGCUGCAUAGACAAACUGGUGAACUGGAUCCACAGUAACCUGUUCAUACUGGGAGGCGUAGCACUGGGACUUGCAAUACCACAGCUGGUCGGCAUCCUCUUGUCCCAGAUAUUGAUCAACCAGAUCAAAGACCAGAUCGAGCAACAGAACUACGACAUCCAACACCGUUUAGACCCGUGGAGCUGAUCCAGACCACAUCAGACCUGAUCAUCAGUUUUGAAAGGAGAACCUUAGUUCUCUGACAGAACAUCUGUCUCCUUUGCCUGGAGUGAACAUUCAGAGUCGUUGCCUUGGACCUUAAGACACAAGACUUGUGUUCAGUGUGGAUGAUCCUUUUAUGUGUCUUUAAAUAAUUUGCAUGGAGGUGGACGUCAAGUCACAUAAAGGAAACCGAUGGUGAAAUAGGACACUGUCGCCACCUAGGGGACAUAGACGGUACUCGAAUUGACUAAAAAACGUUUUUUUUUUUUUUGUGGUUUCCUGUUACUGAUAGUUUUUUUUUUCUGCAAUUGAUUUUCCAUGAAUGUGAAAGACACGAAAUUGAAGCAGAAUUGAAUGGCUCAAUGCAUUUUGAUAUCAGCUGAAUCAAAGAAGCUUCAAAUGUUACUGAAAAAAAGGAUUUCUAUUCAUGAACACGAUGAUUUUUUUAGGAUUGAAGAAUGUCCAGAAUUGUUUCUUAUGGCUGCCAGAAUCAGUGAAAAUACAUCCAAUAUUUUGUUCUGAGUCAUUUUUAUUGUGUUAUUAGCAAUGGAAAAAAAAAAUUCAUGCACGUUUUCUUUUUCAUUCGUUUUUUAAAAGUUGUUUUAAAAGGACAGGUCAUCCUCCUUGAUGCAUUGUUGAACAUAAGCAUGAGAUAUGCACAUAUGUCAGUGUGUAUUUACUGUAUGAUUCUAUGUUUCCCCAAGUUGAUCUUAAUGCCAAAAGUAAAAUAAACAGUUUUUACAACA